AUGGCCCAGCUUGCUUUCCAUCCAGUUGGGUUAAAUGCUCAGGUACAAGCCUUGUUCUCCUUACUCCAAUUAGAGGUUGAGGAGGUCCGAAUCCUGGGAAUUUCUGGCACUAGGGGAAUCGGUAGGACUACACUUGCGAGAGCUCUUUACCACCGAAUUGCAAAUCAAUUUGAUCGGAGUUGCUUUGUCAUGAAUGUGAAGGAUAUAUCAAGCCUGGAGGGCCUCCUCAAAAUGCAGGAGACCCUUUUUGGUGAUAAUCUCUGCGAUGGAGAUUCAGAGUUUUGCAAUAAUGUUCAUGAAGUAAUAAACUUCAUGAGGAGUAAGCUUAACAACAAGAGGGUUCUGCUGGUAUUUGAUGAUGUUGUAGGGUUGUCGGAGCCAAUGAGCCACCUAAUCAAGGCCUUGAACUUAGGCUUGGGAAGUAGAGUCAUUUUGAUCCCUCGACACAAAGAAACCUUAAUUGGAGAUCUAUGCAGUAAUAUCUAUGAGGCAAGAGCACUGAAUGAUGAUCAAGCUCUCAAACUUUUUAGUUGGAAUGCAUUUCGAGAAAGGUAUCCAAAAAAUGAUUAUAGGAUGCUCUCAAACUGCUUCACAAGUUUCUCCAAAGGCCUUCCUUUGGUGCUGAUUGUGAUGGGUUCUUUCUUGAGUGGCAAAAGCGUUAAAGAAUGGCAAAGAGCUUUUGAUCGACUAAAAGAAAUCUCUCAGGAAGACGUUCAUGACAUACUAAGGAUUGUUAUUGAUGGCUUAGAGGCCAACGAGAGAACGAUUUUCCUUGACAUUGCAUGUUUUCUCAAUGGAUAUGACAAAGAAGUAAUCAUCAAGUCCCUAGAUCAAUGCAGUGUCUAUGCCACUAGUGGGAUUGAGAUUCUGGCUCAAAAGUUGCUGAUAUGCAUUGAUGACAAUAACAAUAUAUGGAUGCAUGAUUUGCUUCAAGAAAUGGGUAGACGAAUUGUGAUUCAAGAGUGCCCUGAAAAUCCCAACAAGCGAAGCCGAAUAUGGUGUCAUGAAGAUGCUCUACAAGUGAUUAGGCAAAACGUGGGAACAGAUUGCAUUGAAGGCAUUAAACUAGAUAAAGUUGAUGUAGAAGACUUGAUUGUGAAUGCAGACUCGUUCAAAAAGAUGAAGAAGCUUAGAUUGUUUAAAAUGGCUGAUCAUGCCCCUCAUUGUGGACCGGCCGGACAUCUAUCGGAAAAGUUGUGGACACGUUUUGCACGGAACAACAAUGAUAUGUUUGCAUUUUGGGAAGCGCUGGUGAAGCAAAUUUCGAUGUUCUGGUCUCGCGGAGCCUGA